ACAAAGUUUAAUUUACUUAAAAUAAAUAGCAAAACUAGCUUGAAAUACACAAAAUCGGAUGCGGAUCGCUACUGUUGUGAUCAGCAACGAAUAUAGUAACAGAUAUAUAAAAUAAAAAUAUAUCAACCUAGAGGACAGAUCGAAAAUGCAAUGCCUCAUCUGGCUAUGUCUACACGCCUGCCUUGUCUGGAAAUUGAUGAGAAAAAAAACUGCUAUUUAUUCAAAUACGCAAUAUUAUUCGGAAUUGUAAAUUCAUUCGUUUACUUCCGAAUGGUAUCGAUUUGGUUAUGUGGUCAUUAAGUCAUUUGAUUUCUUGAAACUGAAAACUAAAUUGAUGGUGAACUUGAAAAUAGCGAUGCCAAAGUUUUUUUCAUUCAUUCGGCACAUUGACUUAACGCAAAUCAACAAAAAAAAGGAAAAAAUAUAAGCGAUGGCUUCUAGCUGGUUUACCAUUUGUACUUUUCUCUACGUGAUUCGAUGAACGUUUGUUUUUUUUCUCUGCGUCAUGCUUCCUACCUUGUACAUAUGAUCAUUUCUUAUAAUGGACAAUAAAAGUUAUAAUUUUUUUAGGCGAUUCCCAAUUAUUUCUGGCAUCCUCGCUUUUUAGCAUGCUGAUUAAAUCUUUGCACAUUUGGUUCAGUGUGCCAAACAGAAAUGUAAUUGGCCGAUGGUCUCAAUGAAACUCUAUUAUCUGUUCAGUUUGCAUGAACUUUGAAAUGACUCUUUGAAGAACGUUUUUAUGAAUUGGUCUCUUAUUAACAACAAUGCGAUCAGCAACAGAAUGUUCAAAUGUUUUAAAUUUAUCGAUGCUAUAAUGAUUAUAAUUUGUUAAUUCACCACUUCAAGUUGAUGUGAUCGUGCAUGAAUAUUCCACGAUAUGAACAUACAUCGACAUUCAUCAUAUUGUAUUCGUUAAAGAACUUUUUAAUUGGAUCUCAAACCAGUAUUCGUUGAAAUCUCACAGUGUGUACCGAGACUAUACUGCCGUUCGUUACUUGCGUAUUCACACUUUUCAUUUUGAGAACGUUUCUUUGUUGCACAUUAAAUGUUGUUGCCUUUAUCCACGAAAUAAAUUUACGGAAGCAAUUAAUUAAGCGUCUGACUUUCAUAUAUAAAUCUAAAGUUUCCAAUUAUAUUCGUGUUUUGCGUUGUUCCUUCAAUACAAUUUAUCAAACAUUCUCAUGAAAUCAAACCCAUAAUUAAUUUCGAUUAGUUCGCCAAAAUGUGCGAUUACGUCAAAGAAAAUUUCAGAUAUUCGUGAAAUGCAAUGCCCGAAACAAAUAUUAUGAAACUGUGUGUUGCAUGCAAAAACGUGACAAUUGUUAUUAUUUUGUAUAGUCGUACAUCGAUUGUCAUGUCGUUCAGCUUGCACUUGUAGACAUCAGUAGUUGCAAACGGAAAUUACUUGGAAGCUAUUUCAUUUAUCAGAGUAGAUUAAAGCAGCAAACACAAAAAUUGCUCCACAUUACGGUCGUAAGCAUCGAAACAGUCCUACCUGUGUUAGUUGGCGUGCGUUGUACGCAAAUCCGAUUUCAUUUUCAUUUCCAAUUCGAGCUUUGAUUGAUGCAGUAACACUUUGAAAGGAUUCUUGGUACACAACAAAUAGCAUAGGCUGAAAAAGAGAGAAUGGGAUGGUACGAUUUAUUUCACAGCAGCGAUGGACCCACACUCUACACGAUAUCAAAUCGAACAUCAGUCACGUAUGAUGUCUCCAUGGUGGCCGUAUGCAUUCUCUUUGCAACAUUUUUUUUUGCAUUUAUCAUUAUAUUCCCGGGUGUUAGAAAACAAAGAUUUUCAACAUUUUUAACGGUUACCCUAAGUUUGUUUGUCGGUCUAGUCAUUUUGGUCACACGUCUAGGAUCAGCAUGGCAUGUUUCAUCAACACACAUCGUGGCACCAUAUCGAUCAUUUUCACGGGAAAAAAUACCCGGAAUGAUUGGAGCCUACAUUGGAUUGAUGCAUUUGAACGUUACCUUGAAAGCGCUACCAGUUGGAAAUUGGACGAUCCGCGAUAUUGAUUUUAAUGAGCAAUUUCGUUGGGAUGCAGCACAUGACAUGCAAAAUUCGUAUCACAUGGCAUUAAAGCGUGGUUUGCCUUAUCCUAUUUUGACAGUUGCAGAGUAUUUCAGUUUGGGACGAGAGGGUUUUGCAUGGGGUGGCCAAUAUAGAGCAGCUGGUUAUUUUGCCAGCAUAAUGUUGUGGGCUUCAUUUGCAUCAUGGCUUCUGAUGAAUCUAUUGUUGGUGGCCGUGCCUCGAUAUGGAGCGUACUGUAAAGUUGUUACCGGAUUAUUAUUAGUUAGUACAAAUUUAGGUUAUUCAUGGUUGGUACCAAAACCGCAGCUCGUAAUCAUUAUGGAAGGUGGACGUUUAACGUUCCAUUAUGGCUGGUGUUUUUGGUUGAUCUUGGUUGCGGGAAUUUUGUGUUUGUUCGUUGGUAUUGUGAUAUCAGUGAUUGAUUUGGUUUGGCCGCACACAUUCUCCACAAUUGUCGAAGUAUACUUUGAUACGCCAUACGAUCGACAUGUUAUACUUGAGGAAUCGCAUGAUGUGCGGUAUCAAAAGCGGAAUAGUCGCGCAUUAGAUGAAAGCUUGGGCCAUAAGAUAUUGAGGCGUCUAUCAUCAAAGACGAGAGAUAUGAAUGGAAGUACAGCCAGCAAUGGCAUUGACAACCGAGCAUAUCAGCGUGAUGCACCCAACUCACCCUGGCAUUAUUCCCAUCGACAGAGACCACUCCAUCCGCCGUUGCAUAGAACAAUCUCUGAAGAUUCAAACGCAUCGAUGCAAAUGGAAAUGCAACCAGUUCAAAAAAUGGUUCUCUCACGAAAAUUACCGCAACCUAUAGCUGAACAACAUACUGUUGACAUGAAUUGGUGAACACGAGCACUUUUCCCAUUCAAAAUCUAGUUCAUAGCUGUAUAUGUUACCAGUGAACCGACUUUGAUGAAAAGAUAGACUCCGAUGCAAAGCGCAAUAUUUUUAAAAAAUGAUUUAGUGUUUAAGUGAUUUUUUUUAAUUAAAUCUGUAUUUGUAUUUGUAUUUGUAUUUGUAUUGAUUAAGAUUGAAUCGAAUAGUCAAUCUUGAAAUGUACGCGCAUUUUUUUGGCGCAGGUAAUUCUGUGAGAUAAAUUCUUAACAUUUUGAAACAUUUUACAAUAAAUGCAAGUCGUAUUCAGAUCUAAGAUCAUGAACCAAUUUAAAAAAAUGUUACAUCACAAGUUUAUACGGUAGAUUUUAGAUCAUUUAUUUAAUUGGAAAACUAAAAUUAUUCUAACUAAAUUCAAUUUGAUGGAAAAUGUUAUGCUCAAUGAAAAGUCACUCAAAAUGGGACUAUAACAACAGAAAUGCUUGGACCAUUUAAAAUGGAAUGAAUUAAGAUGAAAUAAAACUUCUUUUUAAUCAGA